UAUAUAUGUUGUUUGUUGGCACAUAAACCCAAUGAAGUAGAAAGGAGAAACAAAGUCCUUCUUUCUACUAACAUAACACACAACAAGAAGAAAAACACACUAAAAACAAAGAGAAAGAGAAAAAUGGAAUGGAAAAAGUGUUAUUUGGAUGUAAUAUUAGUUCCAUUAGGGUUUAUGAUAAGCUUGACAUAUCAUAUUUGGUUAUGGCAUAAGGUGAAAACACAACCACUUUCUACUAUUAUUGGAACCAAUGCUAAUGGAAGGCGUUUAUGGGUUUCUGCUAUUAUCAAGGAUAAUGAGAAGAAAAACAUAUUGGCUGUUCAAACAUUUAGAAACACAAUAAUGGGAUCAACCCUAAUGGCAACCACUUCAAUUUUAUUAUGUUCUGGUCUUGCUGCUGUUAUAAGUAGCACUUAUAGUGUGAAAAAGCCAUUAAACGACGCCGUUUAUGGUGGUCAUGGUGAAUUUAUGGUUGCAUUAAAAUAUGUUACACUUUUAUUAUUUUUUCUCUUCUCAUUUAUUUGUUAUUCUAUAUCAAUUAGGUUUAUAAACCAAGUGAAUUUUCUCAUAAAUUGUCCACAACAAGAUCAUAAUAAUGAUUUGGGAAUAUUCAUUUUGAGUAUAGACUAUAUUUGUGAGUUACUUGAAAAAGCAUUUAUAUUAAAUGCUGUGGCUAAUAGGUUGUUCUAUGCUGCAUUAACACUUGUACUUUGGAUAUUUGGUCCUGUAUUAGUUUUUUUGAGUUCUAUUAGUCUUGUUACUGUGCUUUAUAAUCUUGAUUUUGUGAUAUCUAAUGAUAAUCACAAGGGGGAAAUGAUGAAAUGUGAUGAUGAUUAUGUAAUAUCUCAUGUUUAAUUUGAGAUACUUUAUUAUGAAAUGUUAUUAAUAAAAAGAAAAUUGUGGUUUA